AUGGAACAAUCCACCCAAAGUGCUAGCCAGCAGCAGGGCAGACAGCAACCUGUGUAUGAUACUAGAAACGGUGGACACUAUGCUGAACUUUAUACGGGUACUUGGGCAAAUGUCAAUCAAGGCUUGCAAGGCACGGCUCGUGAUAUUCUGACAACGUAUUGGCAGCAUAUCAUCAACCACCUCGAAUCAGACAACCAUGAUUAUAAAAUCCAUCAACUGCCAUUGGCGCGUAUUAAGAAGGUCAUGAAAGCUGAUCCAGAGGUGAAAAUGAUUUCAGCCGAGGCACCAAUCCUCUUUGCUAAAGGUUGUGAUAUAUUCAUUACCGAGCUGACUAUGCGAGCUUGGAUACAUGCCGAGGACAACAAGCGGCGCACUCUGCAGAGAUCAGAUAUUGCCGCUGCCCUCUCUAAAUCCGACAUGUUCGAUUUUCUCAUUGACAUAGUUCCCCGUGAGGAGGCCACGUCGCACGCAAAGCGAUCUAGUCAGGCGGCAGGUGCACCGUCGGGGGCCCCUGGGCCUACAGGCGCUGCAGGACAACUUCCGCCAUCCCAGCACGGAGUGCAGCACCCGUCACAUCACAUGGCACCCCCCGACUACAGUUUGGGCCAGCAUGGUCUUCAAGACCAGGAAUAUCGUCAACCAGCUAUGUACGCGGGACCUGUGCAAUCGGAUCCGACUGCAGCAUAUGGUCAGCCGCAAUCUCAAAUGUUUGAAGGAAUGUAUGCCGCUUACCCGCACUUACCGCCACAGCAGUGA